AAUGAGGCCUGAGCUGUAACCAACCACCGGAACUCGGUAGCUUUCCAGCCAUUUGUAUUUGGCCUACACGUGUUGCUCAAUCUACCCACCGGGUAUACUUCUUGGUCAAUACUGCCAUACGUUUCUGCUUUUUACGGAACACUAUCCUCCCAAUCAUGCACCAAACAUGUUUCGGCAUCUAUGGGGAUGCUAAAACCAAGACACAAUGGUCUAGAUCCAUGGCAGUAUGAAUCACAGGGAGGUAUAUUCUUACUCUACAUCCGGUUCAGGUUCUUCAUUAUGGGCCGUAGGCCCGAGCGCAUAAACGAACAUCUGAAAGAAGCAGCACUAGACGUGCCAGUCAUCUGACUUGGUCGGCUCCACUUUGACGUCGAAGUCGAGCGAAUACUAUGUAUGCGGAUGCUCACCGUCGCCCGUAUUACUGGUCGAGCACUGACGUGAACAGUGAUGUUCUAAUAUAUUCGACAUU